AUGCAGGACAUUCUUGCGGAACUACAGCUGCCGAACGCAUGUGAUCUUAAAAUAGGCCCCAUUACUUAUACGCCUGAUGCAUCCAUUUCUAAGAUUAAUACAGAGAAGUCCAAAUAUCUAUGGCGUGAGGAGGUCGGCUUCCUUUUGACUGGCAUGAAGGUGAGCUGA